UACUGAGAGGUUGAAGAAAAGCAAAUCUGCUGCCCUGGACGAUGUAUGGCUAAUGCUGAUGGCCAAUUUAGAGAAAGCAUACACUCCGGAUUGUCAUGUAACCGUCUAUGAACAGUUAUUUCCAUAUCGUGGGCGCACUCGAUUCACCCAAUAUAUUCCGAGUAAGCCGGCAAAGUAUGGCAUGAACGUGUGGUGGAUUUGUGACUCUGUUUCAAACUACCCUUUGAAAGGUAUAAAUUAUACCGGAAAACCACCAGGUGGCCAGCGAGAAACGAAUCAAGAUGAACGGGUCGUCAUGAAAUUGAUGGAAAAUUAUAUGGCUAGCGGUAGGACUGUUUAUGCUGACAAUUUUUUUUCAACAUACAACUUGGCAGAAAUGUUGAUGGAUCGUAGAGUGGCUUUCGUCGGUACCGUAAGAAAAAAUAAGACCUUCAUUCCGCAUGAAUUGCUUAACCCGAAGCGUGAUGUUAAAAUCACUUUAGUUUGUUAUCACAAUGAUAAUAUCGCUCUGUGCUCGUAUAUGGCAAAGCCGAAAAAGCCACUAAUUAUGUUAUCCACUGCCCAUUACCGUCAAAGCACCGAUCCAUUGAAAGGAUUCAAGCCAGAUCAAAUUUUGGACUACAAUAAAUUUAAAGCGGGGGUAGAUACAAUGGAUCAAAUGUUGACUGGCUAUUCGUGCAAACGCUCGACAAACCGUUGGCCACUGGCAAUGUUUUAUAAUAUGCUUGAUAUUGCCGGUUUGGCCUCAUUCAUCAUCUAUGACGAGCUGAAUCCGGCAAAGCAGAGUGAUAAGAGGCGCUCAUUUAUCAUUGAAUUGGCACGGCAGCUAGUUAUCCCACAUAUGACGAAACGGGCGACUAACGCAUUAGUAUGGAGGUUUGCUCGUAUAAGACAAGCAAUGAAUCUUUUCAAUAUCAAGGUACCGGAAUCUUGUCCAUCGACAUCAGAUGCAGCACAGCAACAAUCAUAUGCUCAAGUUGCUUCAACACGGCCAUCGUGCUACCAUUUUGCUGCUUCUUCUUCGAAAAAGCGACGUAAAACUCGUUAUAACUGCAGCAAAUGUAAUCGUCCCAUAUGUCUUAAUGAACAUUCCAUGCAACUAUAUAGUUGUAAACCCAAUUGCUCUUCGUAA